AUGGCGACUGGGUGGACACAAUUUCAGCCUUGGCAAAAUCAGCCUCUUCCUCCAGGCUGGGAAGCGAGAUAUGAUGCAAACGUCAGAAGAUAGUAAGUAUCCUCGAACUAACGGCUAAUGUAUUUUGCAGGACUGCUUUUAAGAAAAUAAGGCUGACCUCCUUGAGGUACAAUGUAAAUUCCGGUUUCCGCUGAAUUCGAGCAGUCGCCGCUCCCUACCACCUAAAACACGCAUUAAAUGUUUAUUUGGAAAAUAUGAAAAGCUCUCUGCCAUCAGUUCUCUUAGAUAUUUCGCUUGAAAUGUACUGUAACAUAAUUUACCACCCUGACUUGCAUGAUUUUUACGCGUUUUUUGUUGUCAUCUCCAACUUUAUAAAUUAUUAAACUUAAGCUUAUUGUUUCCGUCACAGUGAGUAAAUAAAAAGAUCAAUAAAUAAAAUAAUAUUUAAGGCUAAUCACGGUAAGGUAGAGAUCAAAAGUUUUAAACUUACCGUAUGUUUAAAAAUAACAUAAUGUACACAUGAAUUGAUUAGAGGAUACAACGUUAACAGCUGAUUUAUGAUCCUUAGUCAUUGAUAAUGUGAAUUUGAUUUUAAUAUUUUGGUGUAAUUUUGUUGUGACUUUUUAGCUAUUUCAUCGACCACAAUACACACAAGACAACUUGGGAGGACCCUAGGAUAAAAAAAACAGAAGCCAUUCCUAUGAGUCAAUUCAAGGUGAAAUGGAGAGGAUUAUAAAUUAAUUUUAACACAAUGAGGGAUAGCCUCUCAUUCAGGCAUUUUUAGGGGAAUUGUAUUUCCUCCCUCCCCAAAAGUGGAAAGGAGGAAGGGAGGAAAUACAGCCCCAGCAUGGGAGGCCAAUUAAUGAAACCUUACCUGUGAUCAGAAGAAUACAGGCAAUACAAUUUUGUAUCGUUAUCAGGGGUUUUGUUACCCCUCAAAAAUUAUUUAGAUAAAUUAGCCUGUGGCAUCGUGGUUUCAAAUUAUUUUUUCACAACUGUGGAAAAACUGAUGAAACCCACGCACUUUGGUACAAGUACAAAGUAAAUAGUACCUGAACAAGUGCUAUAACAGCUGUUGCUUAACAUGUUAAUGUUGAACUGUGUGUUACAAGCUCUAGAGUGGCUCAAUUUGUCACUUCCCUGAUUUUUUGCAGUAUUAAAAUGCAACAUUAAAUUUAAUCACAUCUGUUCUAAAUCGCAUCAUUUCUAUUCUAAAUCGCACCAUGUUUGCUUUUUUGUUUUACAUACAAAAUGAGAUGUAAAAACCUUUUUGUUUCCACUUUUCAGCAAACUGGCUACAGAUCAAUAUAAGUUUGGUACUGAAAUAAAUGGAAUUCUGCUAUUUAAUCAUGGCUGUAAUAAAGUGGUAGAAUUGAACUUUGUGUCAUGUAAUUUAGGUCUGAAAUCAUACUUGUGAGUUUCAUGGUUCAUACAAUCUUGAAAAGGUCUUAAAUUUUACUAGUUGUCUUAAAAAGUCCUUGAAUUUGGUUUAGGGCUUUAGGUCCUUGAAAAGUACUUGAUUUCUUUAUUAGGGUCAGUUGAAAAGUCCUUGAAAUUCACAACCUUGUCUACAGCAGUGACCUUUUCUGUAAAAUUAGAUUAUUUUGGCGAGGAAAAUUUGGUUCAUCCUCGGUGUAAGAACCUGUAAAAUUCACGGGUGACGUAAGAACAUUUUUGUGCAUGAACAAUAUUUUAUUACUGUUUCUUUAUUUCAAAUGCUAGUUCUGUACCCAAGUCUUAGUCAUACCCAGUCAUUUUGCAAAGUUUUCUUGCGGAAAGUAGAAGGCUGAUUUAGCAACAGAACGGGAAUGUCAGUUGACGAUGGUACGCACAAAUCAAAGAACUGGUUUGACCAAGGCAGACUAGCAAAUUGAGCACUGGAAGUCAUGUUAAGUCCUUUCCUCGCGCUUUCCCGUCGUCAACUGACGGUCCCGUCCUGUUGCUAAAUCAGCCUAGUAUAAAAUAAUGUGAUCAACGAUGGCCGAAGAAAUAAAACUUGUUAAUGACCCUAUGAUGUGUUUUAGCCAAUACAGACCGUAGGAUGCCGAUUUAUUAAAUAAAUCUUAGUCCUUGAAAACUGUAAUUUGGCCUUGAAAAUUUCUUGAAAAGUCCAUGAAAUUUGUUUGUCUGACUUUGUACGAAGCAUGGAUUUCAAAUUGAAUUCACAGUAAAAUCAUGCAUAUGAUUUCAGACCUUAUACUACUACAUGAGAAAUUUCUGCAAUUUGAUUGGCUUAGAGCAGUGGUUGAAAUACCUAGAUGUGAAAAUUACAAAACUAUUGCGGGUAGUAGUAUAAACAAAUAAUAGUACGAUUGGUACGUGAUAUUUGGCAUAAAUACCACUCGUUAUAUUUCAAAAUAAUUUGUCUCAAAUUUCACUUGCCUAACGGCUCGUGAAAUUACAUAUAACAAUUCGAAAUAUCACUUGUGGUAUUUAUGCCAAAUAUCACUACAAAUCAUGCUAUUACCUAUACAAAUUACAUUCCACUUAGUUCAAUUAGCGUUAUAAAUUAAGGUACUCAUAUAUUAUUAUUGAACAUUUGCAACGGUAAUUGUAGUUGGUUGUUCUUGUACUGCUACAUCUACACGUACUAUUACUUUUUUUGUUUUAAUGUAGACCUCAUCUAAAGCUGAUUCAAGCUCCAGUCGGCGGGUAAGAUACUCAGUAACUGAGGUAUUUUGUUCUUCUAGCUGAUUUUAUUAAAGACUUGGAAUGUUUCUUUAGUUUCUGAAACUUAUAAGUUGUCAUUGUUCUCUGUUUGCCGUGUGUAUCAAAAGCAAUGUCAUCAACCUGGUGUGAUGAUGAGGUAACUUUUUGAUGAAAGUUGGAACAUUUUUGUUUUGUUAGUGGAAAAGUUAUCUUUCGGAGUGGUACUCAGUAUUUUAGACUGUCAUGGUUAAGUUACUACAUUGUAUUUAUUUAUCAAUACAUGUAAAUCAGUAAUAAAAUUCAAUGGAGCCCCAUUCCAUAUCUCUUAUUAUAAUCAAAGGAGUGCACACAAACAUUGCGCCAAAAUUGGCUUAGUAAUAAACACUACUCCUAGCAAUUUCUAAAUUGCAACUACUGAACGUUUGUAAAGACUUUUGGUUGGAAAAUUUGCUUUAGUUUGUUUUGUUAAAGGGUACUGUUUAUUGUUUGUCUCAUGGUUGCUACUUGGAUAUUGAUCGCAACGCUUUGACUGUGUACCCCAGGUCUUUGUCAGGCAAUAGUGUUGAUUUACUGAGUAGGACUAUGCACUAUGCACUACUAUGCAUGCUUCGGGAGCAAAGCUCCUCCGUGUGUACCAACGAUUUCAUGGGUAUACUUCAUCCUGGGAGCAGUAUUUCCACCCCGCAAAAUGCUCCACGAUAUUUAACUGGUUAAACGAACUUGAAAACGCUCCCUCGUGUGUACUGACACAUGCAAAAUGAGCCUGGAGCAUGCUCCGGGAGCAAAACCCCUCGUGUGUAUCGGCCUUAAGGCCUACUUUGCACAUUAUACAAGUGUAUACUUAAUAUAAAUAAGGACAACUGAAGUAACAAGGUGGAAUACCUAGAUACAAUCCAUUUGUAACUAUUGUACUUGUCAAUGCAGGAGACCAGUUUUGGUGGUUCAUCUUCGCAGGCAGCCUCCAAGGCAAGUAUUAAUUUUUUCAAACGGCUAUAACCUUUUAAUUUUUGUUUGCUCUGUCAGUACUGAACUGUCCGCCAUUAAUUUUUCCCUUCUUCACUGAAACUUUCCAUACUGAAAUACAUUGUACUAUUAUAUAGCUGUGUUGCAGUACAGCAUACUGUUACAUGUGGGUACAGUUGUACAUGUGCAUAUGUUACAGCUCAAAAUUAUACUCAGGAUAAAAUUUUGCAGCCUAGGUUGUUUCCAAGUUAAAAAAUUUUAAUCAAAAUUCAAUUUUCACCCUUAACAUAUACACUGCACAUUAAAGGUACAUUUAUGUUUUUCUCUGUGAAAGAAGGCAUAAAAUUUAAAAAUGCUUAGAAGCAAUCAGAAGGUAUUUUGCUGAGGCAUAUCUGACUCAACCAAAAAAGCAAAAUAUUACAAGUCAUGAAUCCAAUUUGUAUAGGUAAUAGCAUGAUUUGUAGUGAUAUUUGGCAUAAAUACCACGAGUGAUAUUUCAAAAUUGUUAUACGUAAUUUCACGAGCCGCUAGGCGAGUGGAAUUUGAGACAAUUUUGAAAUAUCACGAGUGGUAUUUAUGCCAAAUGUCACGUACAAAUCCUGCUAUUAUUUGUUUAUACUACUACCCGGGAAAGGUUUGUAAUUUUCACAUGUAGGUAUUUCAAAUUAAGCUGAAAUACCACUGCUCUAAGCCAAUCAAAUUGCAGAAAUUUGUCAUGUAGUAGGAUAAAUUCUGUUAUUCUCAGGCUUGCUAGUAUUUAGGCCAUCUGAUUUUCUCAUAUUUUGAAAUUUAGUCUCAAUAUAAAGUCUCUAUUUGUAGCAACUGAAGAUUGUAAAUUUUUGACAAUUUUUUUCUUUUAGAGUGAUUUUACCUGAACCGUGAAAUAGUUAGUAGAAUACUAUGCACUAUUAUGCUCUAAUUCUAUUGUCUUCUUUCAUUUGACUCUCACUAUUUUGCACUAUUUGUUAGUAUCUGUUUCACAGUUCAAGUAAAAUCACUCUAUCGUUGAUUGAUGUAGCCAUGCAACAUACAUGUGUACACCCAUUUGAUGAAGUGUUAGUUUAAGCCUUUAAUCUGAUUUUAAAAUCUUGGUCCUGGACUUGAACAGGAAGAACUGUCUCGCUCGCAGAUUUUUAAACCAGGGCCUGGCCAAAUUUUGGGUAUACUAUUCUUAUUCUGCAAUACAGUUAACAUGCACCUGCGACUCCCACAUUAGCCUAAACAGGUUCUUAUAUAAAUGGUAAUAUUUAGCACUUGAAUUUAGGCCAUUGAAUUAGGUUCUUAAAUACAGUAGGUUCUUAUUUUCUGAAGAAAAAAUACAUUGUACCUGAGAGUAUUGGGGGUGCUUUGAACAGCUCAUUCCUUACUAGGUAAACUCAGUGUGUAUAUCAUUACAAAUGCAGUUGAAGUAUUAAGGCACCUAUAUCUCCAAAGAGUAUCCUGGAUGUUGACUUAUCUUAUGAAUUAUUUACCCAAGUGUACAGAUUUUUUAAAAUAGAUUUUAGAAAGUAAGAACCUGUUUCAAAUUUUAGGCUUAACAGGUGAAAAUAACUCUUAGAUAGAGGGGGCCUAAUUCUGGCAAAUUUUAGCCUAACAUGUUCUUAAAAACCAGGUUCUUAGUCUUGGGUUCUCACUGGACCCCUAUUCCAUUAAAAAGCUAAAGUGAUUACAUUGAUUUACAUGCAUAGCGUGAGCCAGCCCGUCCUUCCAGUUUCCAAGAUGAUGAUGACCUACCGUUACCUGAAAGCUUUCUUGCUGAAAUGUUUAAGGAGAAGAGCUUUGAAGAUAAGGAAAAUGGUAAGUUUAUAGGUACAUGUGUAACCGGAACAAUGCCUUGCUGAAUACUCCAAACCACAGAUCACCGGCUGUUUUGAGAGAGACACAGGGGAGCGGGGGGGCUAACCAAUAAGGCAAUACCGUAAGAAAAAUUGGCAAAUUCUAAAAUACUCUGUUAAAAAUGGACGAAAUACUGAUACAGCAUUUAAGAUCAGUCAGGCUUACUGUAAGUUGUAUCCAUCUCAUGAUCUGGCAUGUUUAAUUAUCUGAGAUCAAGCAUGUACCAGCAGAAGAAAUCAACCUCAGUCAUUGCAAGAUAGCGUGAGCUGAGAAGACCUCAAAUUGCAAAGCCCAGUCACUGGAUACAACAAAAAACAAUUUCAUUGUAGAUUAACUGUCAGAAAUUGUGUAAUCAAUUACCAUUAGGUCAAGAGACGUAAGAAAAUUAACUUUUUUGUACCAGUAUACAUGUACCUUUCUGUGUUAUUGUGUCGCCUAAAUAUUCUAUUGACCUGUAUGAGCCUGGGGGUAUUAGAGGAGAGCAAAAGGGAAAUGCAAUACCACAUGUUUUAACAUGUGUAUUUGAAAAUAUGAAGUUUCUGAAAUACCACUUGAUAAAAACUGAAAACUGUGAACUUCAAUGUCCCUCUCUUCAGGGUGCCAAAAAUAAAAAUUCAGAAAGAAUGAAAUUAAUUAUUGCAAAAGGCUGAAAACUACAUGUAAUUGCAUUUUCUGCCUUCUGCUGAAGAAAUUUCCUUGGAAUGGCACAUCUGAUAGGAUUCUAUUGACUGACACAAAAUUAAUAUUAAUUUUAAAAGUCUUACUGCUUGUCUAGAGUCUCUCAUACUAAAAUAUAAGCUGCGACUCAAUGAGUCAUAACUGGCAAGUUGCUGAUAUAGUGACAGAUUGGCCUUUAAAAAAAAGCAAAUUUAGCAGAUACAUGUAAGCUGCUUUAUAAUAAGCCAUUUCUGAGUUGCCCCAAUGCAUUCUUUCAAAGCGAGGCUAAGUGUGAAGCCACUGAUAUGAAAAUGAUCUUUUUUAUUCUCAUGCAAAUAAAACUGAUCUUCACAAGAAAGGUUAAAUUGUACUUACAGUAGCCCACUAUGAGAGUGAGAACUUCUGCAACUCAGAAAUGGCCUUUGUGGGUUUGUGGUGCAUGUUCAAGGCUGUGCACCAAGAAAAAUUGAAGGGAGUCUUGUAUUCUGAACCCCUGUGAAAUCCAGGGUGCCCAGCACAUGAUGUCUAUGAGAAAACUUAAAUUUUCUAGUCACUUGCUGGGUCAGCUAAAGUUAGGUGCCAGGGGCCAUUGGGCACUGCUAGAGCUUAGCCUUGAUGUCGCCCGUUAUUAUUUUAUUUUUAUGUAUUUCACAUUUGUUUUCAGUAAAAAAGAAGCUGAUUAGAGAGUUUCCAGGUGUUGAUGAAGUUGUUAUUGAGGUUGCACUUCGUACUGUAAGUUAACAACUGUUAAUCUGUCAAACAAAUAGCAGUUUGACACUGUUGUUAUGUACUGUUAUAUGAUAAGCACUCGAGGCGCAAUAAAUUCUUUCAGAAUUGGUUAUUAUAUAAAGAUUAUAUGCAGACAAGGAAAAUUGGCUGGUACAUGUAUUUUAAUAUCACUUGGGUCACCAGCUUUUGAAUGUUCCAAUGAUGCAAUUUUGCCACAAAGUACAUGUACCACAUUUAAAUGCUUCUCGCUUUGAACAGUCAAAACGCAAGUUGUUGAGAAUCUCACAGUUCUUGAUUUACAAAAAAGCACAUCAAAUACAUGUAUACUUUACCUGUAUUAUGAGAUAAAAAACAAACAUGCCCUUCAUGUAACAGGUCUUAUAGUUGUAGCCUGUGAAUAUAGCUAUCUCUACGUUCCUAGUAGCAAAGAGCGUUCUCUUUUGUAUUCUAAUUCUGAUUCUUUUGAUAUUUCAGGCCAAACAUGAUGAAAGCAAAGCCAGGGAAAUAGUGAAGAAGUUGAAAGGUAAUUCUUCACCAUCAGAGUCCUCUGUGGAGGCAUCUAGUGUGGGGUUUACUCUUCAACAGAACUUCACAUGGUCUCUUCAGUUUCCUAGUUAAUAAAAUAAUAAUUCUUUUUCUUUUUUUUACAUAAAAAAUGUGCUUUAAUCUGGUUGGCCUAGAGCAAUGCAGUAUGCAAAAUCAAGGAAAUAGAAAUGAUAAUAUCUUAUAGAAUGGAGCACUGAGCUUGCCCAAUAAACAAUAGAUAUAUGUACGCAUUAAAGGGGCUGUGUCACGGAUGUCCGGUUCAUUUUUUUUAAUUUUGUAAAUUACUCGCCCUCAAUCUGUAUGGAACUUAAAGUAAGCAAAGAAAUUAAAAGUAAAUGAAAAAAUCAGAGACCCGAGAGAAACAAAUACAUGUACAUGUAUGUCUCCUGAGCAUUAUUUUUGAAGUUGCAAGCAGUAGGGAUCAACUUUGAAAAACUGUUAGGCUGAACAGUUUUCAAAAACUCUUAUUUCAAUCCGUUUCAAUCUUCUUCAGUUUUGCCCAUCCGUGGCAUCUGUUAUAUUUUAACCUUCCUUUAAAGUUUUAAGUGGUUAUUUUUGUGUUUCUCUAAUUUAACGGGCAUUUUGUAAUUUCCUAAUUUGACUGAAUUUCGUGACACAGCUCCUUUAAGAACCAAUGAGGUGCCACAAUCUUUAUGAGCCACUUUGAGGUGAUGCAUGGGGACGAAUUUUGAUGCAGUAAAUUUUUUUCACAUUAUUUAAGGGUAAUCAUACGACUUUUCUCAUCCAAUUUGGAAUUUUAUUUGCAUUUGUGUGAUAUAUUUCAAAAAGCUGUAACUGCAUUUGCCCUACCAGCUCAACAUUUUUGAUACAUGUACAUCUUGAAAAACACAUCUGUGAAGAAAAUUUCAAAUUAAACUGAAAGUUGUAUGAUUACCCAUACAAUAUUAAGAAUGGCCAGUGUUUUUUUUAUCUAGGCUGGGUUUUUGUCCUGUCCUCCUUGUAAAACGGAUGGUGAUGCUCAUUGUCUCCAUUAGGAUUUAAAGUAAUAUACAUUGUAAAUUUUGGCACAUGUAUCACCUAGGUGUGGGAUGUUCAGGGCAGAACACCCAUAGUAUUAUUAUUAUUUUUUUAUGCACACAAGUAUCAGUUAGGAUUGUGUGUGAAAAAAAAUAAAAAUGCAAGCAUACUGGUGACACCUGAAAUACGUAGAAAGAAGAAAUCAUUCAAUUACAUGUAUGACGUCCUUAUCACAAGUGAAACCACAAUAGCUCUUAUUUAGCUGUUUUUUAACCCUUUAUGCCCUAAUAGUGAUCAGCGUCAAAUUUCUCCUUGUAAUAUCAAUGCUUUGUAAAACAAAGUGGUCAUGAGAAUUACGGACAUGAUCACGCAAGAUGAAUUUGCUUUAUAUUUUAUCAAUUUCUCCCCACUACUUCUGUAGGAAAUGAAUAGAGGCAACAAAGGAGAGUUCAAAUUUUGAUGUUAGGGUUUCAAGGGUUAGAGAAUGGUCUCCUUUAGGGGUCAAGUCAAGCCCGAGCUCUGCCCAGGGGCUCAAUUUCGAUUUUCUGAUGAACAGAAUGGAAGUCCUUCCUCUGUGUUCUUCAAAAACCAUAGCCUGUGAAUAGGUUCACUUGUGGGAAUUGGGGAAAAUUUUGGUGGUCCUGAACGGGCGCGAGCGCGCCGGGAUGGGCAGCUCGCCCUUCCACAACCUCGCACAAUCUAACCCGGUCGCAGGUUACCAAAAAAAACCCUGUUUUGAACGAUGGUGGUUGUCGGUGGUUUUAUGUAUAAAACUACAUUUAUAAUAGCAUUUCUAAUAGUUACUAUUCAUUCAUACUGUUUAUUUUGUUAGGUGACGAAGACAGCAAAAAGGGCCCUGCAAAGUGAGUACAAAACUUUAUACUAAUAAUUAAGUGAUAUUUUUUAAACUAGCAUCAUCGACUUUAAUUUUUUGGAAAAAUAAUUGUUGGUACCACAAGUGAAGACUGCUAAUAUUCAGCCUUCACACUCCAGGUCCAAAACGACAUCCAGCUGUUCAAGACGCUAAAUAGCAUUAUUGUACAUCAAUAAUCAAUCAAUCAAUAAUCUUUAUUUAUACACGAUAAGUAUUAAAGCGACGCUUCGCUUGUGGGGUCGUGUCUAAAUAAUUAAAUAAGAUAACUAAUGAAUUAGAAAAUAAAUAGGAUAUACACCANGCCUGUGAAUAGGUUCACUUGUGGGAAUUGGGGAAAAUUUUGGUGGUCCUGAACGGGCGCGAGCGCGCCGGGAUGGGCAGCUCGCCCUUCCACAACCUCGCACAAUCUAACCCGGUCGCAGGUUACCAAAAAAAACCCUGUUUUGAACGAUGGUGGUUGUCGGUGGUUUUAUGUAUAAAACUACAUUUAUAAUAGCAUUUCUAAUAGUUACUAUUCAUUCAUACUGUUUAUUUUGUUAGGUGACGAAGACAGCAAAAAGGGCCCUGCAAAGUGAGUACAAAACUUUAUACUAAUAAUUAAGUGAUAUUUUUUAAACUAGCAUCAUCGACUUUAAUUUUUUGGAAAAAUAAUUGUUGGUACCACAAGUGAAGACUGCUAAUAUUCAGCCUUCACACUCCAGGUCCAAAACGACAUCCAGCUGUUCAAGACGCUAAAUAGCAUUAUUGUACAUCAAUAAUCAAUCAAUCAAUAAUCUUUAUUUAUACACGAUAAGUAUUAAAGCGACGCUUCGCUUGUGGGGUCGUGUCUAAAUAAUUAAAUAAGAUAACUAAUGAAUUAGUAAUGGUAACAGGACUGAGUGGAGUCCAAUUCGGUCUGUAAUCAUACGAGUGAUUAACAAAAUCGGACGACCGCGUAGCGGGAGUCCGAUUUGUUUCAUCACGAGUAUGAUUACAGAUCGAAUUGGACGACACGAAGUUCUGUUACCAAUCAAUCAUAACUUUAACAAAAUUUGUGAUAUAUAGGGCUCUUUUUUAAAAUCAAGACACAAGAAAUUCCAAGAUUUUUUCGCUAGCAAUGAAAAAAAAGCCAUUUAAGCGCGCGCGUGAUGGCGCGUACUGUCCAAUUACUUAGGCAUGACGCGUACUGUCCUAUUAAACUGUCCUAUUAAGGCUGAAAUCAGGGCAGUUGAGAACCAAUCAGAUUUGAGAAUUUUGUUAUAGUUAUGAUUAUACUUAAAAUCUUCCUCUCUUCUUCACAUGAGUGUAUACCCUGUUUAAAACUCAUAAGCCUGAAGACCACAUCCUGCUCAGUGUACCUGAAUUAACAUAUAACACAUGGAUUUCUAGACUUUACCGUCACUUAUCUUAGCAAAGGCUUUUCUCGUACCAAGCUGAAAUCAGGCUCUACUUUCAUUCCCCUUGGUAAAUAGAUUUCCGGUGGGAAAUGCGAAUCGAAAAGUCUUGCAUUUAGUAGAGUGUAUACCUGAAUUACGAGUGUUUGCGAAUCGAUUAAAUUUUUUUGCAUCACUUGCAUGUGCAUUCACUAGCCUUCGAAAAGACCGAAAACAGCCGUCUCUCCCUGCACCUCGCCGUGACAUCAAAGGGACCUUCAACUCAACACCAGGUCCUUCCAGACCACAUACAUUGUACCAUGUAUAUCAGUUGGAAGAACAAAAGCAUUCCCAGAAUGUGGACAGACGUUACGAAAAAUCCCGCCACAGUCAAGUCCCUUUUAAUAUAGUGGACGCUGUACGGACCUGGAGUCACGCCGCUCCACUCAUGUGUCGAACCUAACUAAUGAAUUCAGUACGGUAAGAGAGUGGCGAUCUGAAUCAAUUUGGUACGGCAGGUUUAGUUUGGUGCGGCCUUUUGUCGAACUUAACUUAGGCUCGACCUCGACACACGGUGCGCCGUCUGAAUCACAUUUCGCGCCAGUGUCGCUCCAAAGUCAAUCGUAUUCAGUUAGAUCCGGCAGAUGAAAAGUACGACGUCUGAACCAGGCCUUAGUGUCCUCAUUAGCAACAGUCCGUAGUAGGGGGAGUUUAUUUCAAUCAAACGUCCGCAGUUUAUUUUUGCCUGGCAUUUACCUGCUGUCCGUAUUAUCGGGGUGCCCGUUAUAGCGAGGUGUCCGCAACGUGACGUAUACACUUAGGAAGUGCUGCUGACCACUUCACCAAGAAUACGUCUGGGGCUCGCCCUCGCUCGCCCGCAAUUAUUUUUUUUUUUUCGUAAUUUUCUCCGUCUCUGAUUGGCUCAAAUGUCUUUGCUAAUUCUUCAUAACCAGCUAGCAUUGACCAAAUUUGGAAGGCGUUUGCGAUAUCCAAUAAAAAUGACGUCAAUAGUACAAGAGUACAAGUCAAUAGUACAAGUCUCUGAGUACAAGGUAUGGACAGCAAAAGGAUCCAGCGGUACAUGUACCGUGCAGUCGAUUUUCUCUUUGGAUUAAAUCCGUUUUCGUUUGUUACCAUUCUGGCCGCGGUUGUUCAAACGUUGGAUAGCGGUAUCCACCCGGAUAAAAAUCUAUCCACUGGAUAAUUAACAAUUAUUCUAUAGAGACUCCGUUUUGACCUUUAAAUGUCAGAACGAUCUUGUGCCUCAAUACUUAAAGUUUACCAAGCGCUCAAAUAUACAUACUCGUAACACUCGUCCACGGAACUCUUUGCAGAUUCCGCUAUACAGAACGGCCAUAGGCCAGCGCACAUUUUCCUACAGAGGGGCCUACAUAUGGAAUAACUUGCAUAAUGAACUUAGGCAAAGUGCCUCAUUGGCAUCUUUCAAGCGCGCCCUGAAAGACACACUAUUGAGGCAGACAUUUCCUUCAUAAGCUUUAGAUUUUAGUAGAAUACCAUCAUAAAUUGUGAUUUCGAGUUUUUAUUGUCAUUUUUGCUUUUAUAAAUUGGAAAUAGUUUGUAAAUAGUUUCUGAAAAACCUCACGAGGAUGUUACUAUUAAAGUUAUUAUUAUAGCGCAGUUGGUUUCCCUAAUACUUAUUCACUGGAUAGUGAUUUAUCCGAUGGAUACCGCUAUCCAACGUUUGAACAACCGGGGCCUGUAGAUUAAGCAUGUGACAUCGCUUGGUGCAUUGUAUAGGCCUUGUGAUUCGUCUUAUUUUCUUCCGCAAUUUCCUUGGUAUGUUCAGUUUGAUUUCACCUUUCCCUCGUUGUAAAAGGAAACAAGCAGGAAGGUGUCGAUAUUUUAGUUGUCAUGUUUAUGGUGUGGUGCCCUGUGCCGUUUCCUCUUUGCAACUUACACUGCAUUUACCAGAAUCAAGUUUCUUCAGCCUCUGUCGAAUAUAUUUCAUGGACAGGUGAGAUUUAACUUUAAUUAAAAUUGUUUUUUACAGGCAUACAAAGUAGCAAGUUAACGACAUCUCGAGAAAUGUAGUUGUCUCUUUAAUAGGCCCUGUUUUUUGUUUUCUGAUCAGUUACAUUCGGUUAGUGAGGUUGUGUUCUGUUCAGGAAAAAUACCUGUACAUUUGUUUGGUAAAUCACCUUCAAUCAGCUCCAGCUCAAAACUUGGACUGGAGUAGCCUCAUGUAGCCUGCGAACCGCCGCUUCUCUCCCUCUGGUCCUCUGGCGGGCGCCGAAAAAACCGGAUGCUCUCGCAGGCUAGGACCGGAGUAAAACAGUAGAAAACCAACCUGCUCACUGCUUUUUGCGACACAAGCGAACCUUGUAGUAUUGCUGAUGUUUUGAACUCGGAAACAUUACGAUUACAGGAUCUCUUUCCUUUGUACCAAUCUUUAACAUUUUCGCAGUCGCGUGAUAAAUAAGAAACUCGGUCAGGAUCACGCAGGAACGUAUGGCCCAGGCGUGAUAUGAUAUAUCAUGUGAUACCUGACGUCGCGUGAUAGUUGCUGUCAUUUGUGUGAGAAGCUUAUGCUCUCAAUUAUUACUGUGCCUUAUAGCCCCCUAGUGGCUCAUUCAGGUCUCUUAAUACUGGUGUGUACACAAAAGGUUUUUCCUUGCGUUCACUCUGAACGAAAAAGAGACAACCAGCUACUGUUUGUAUAAAAUAUUGUGUGAUGUCGAUGAGUUGUUUUGCCCCGCUUACCCCAGUCCAUGAGUUACGCAACAUCUCUGGGAAUCAAAUUUCGACGAUCCCUGUUCAAACGUUUUCAUGCAGAGGUGAGAUUCUAUCUUUAGUCGUAAUUGAUUAAGCAAUGGCCGAAAAAAAUAGCAUAGACCAUAAACUAUUACACAAUUGAAUUCUGUGUUAAAGAAAUAAGCCUAGUUAAAAUUUUAGCAGCGAUGUUUUGUGACUGAGAAUGAUUGCUUAAACUCUUUCCCUGAGAAUACAAAUGCUUACCCUUUUACUGUUUAGUCCUAUUUUUGUUGUAUCGUAAACAGGUUAUACCGGCCAACGUUUUCACAAUAGACCUAUUCGGCUAACUCAAUGUUGUACCCAAUUCAAACCCUUUGGGAAUAAAACUUUUUGUUUCAGGAAUUUCCAUACAUUUAAAUGAGAAUGUCACAUUAUAAUGCAAAUACAAUACACAAAGAAUCUUAACCCCGGGAGAUUUGAAUUGGAUACAACAUUGAGUUAGCCGAAUAGAUCUAUUAGGUGUAUGCAACAUUAGACUACGAGUAGUCCCCCAUUUUUCCUCAGGGAUAGUAGAGCAAGCGAAACGCGAACGCGCGCGAAAAUCGCCCCACGCGAGAAAAGGCGACACGCGGCGGGGAGAGAGAAAAAUUUUUCUCUCUCCCCGCCGCGUGUCGCCUUUUCUCGCGUGGGGCGAUUUUCACGCCCGCUCGCGUUUCGCUCGCUCUACUAUCCCUGAGGAAAAAUGGGAGACUACUCGUAGUCUAAUGCAACAUAGGAGAAUUGUGCGAGGGAGCAAUUUUUUGUAAGGUCUUUUAGAGUAAGAGGGCGUUGCGGGACUUCUUCCUCAUUACUGAUCGGCAAGCCAACUCAAGAGUUUGGUUUCAAUAAUCGAUGAUGUUAAAAAGGCAAGGCGAGAAUAGGCUUCAAAAUACUAUUCAUUGCAUUAUCACGCGCGGUUUUUACGCACUCACGUGUAUCUAUUGGCCGGAUUUGCAACAAGUCUAAAGCCGGUUAAAAAAUACGGGUCAAUUAAAAUAAUAGCCUGUAAUUGGUCUCCUUGCCUUUAUUCCAUAUUCGUCUUAUGUCUUCCAUUGUUUGCGUAUCAGUUUUAACGCCAUUUCGUCAAGUGAUCAGUACUCGAAGGAAAUAAAAUCGACCAUAUGGCGCAAAAAUCAGUUGCUUUUACUUGGCUCAGGAACUUGACCGGCUUAAUGGUGAUGAUGAUCAUAAUAAUAAUAAUAAUAAUAAUAAUAAUAAUAGUAAUAAUAAUAAUAAUGAUAAUAGUAAUAAUGGGUUCAGUGUCAAAGAAGCUGGCAGGCCACUUGGAGCAACUAGGAAUUAAAAACCGAACAACAACGAUGCAAAAGUCGGCACUCCUCGGAUCGGCACAUAUCCUCAGAAAGGUGCUGGAAGUCUGAGGUCUCGGGAUGAGACUUGACUGGAUAUUUCUCCCCAGGGAAAAUCCCUGUGCUAGAUUUUACGUAAUAAUAAUAAUAAUAAUGAUCGUGCAUUCAACCUUUUUGCAGCAUAAACUGAAUUACAAGGCGAGUCAUUAACUACAUACAAAUACUUCGGAAUUAUGACACGUAAAUAUAACUGUUAAUAUUAAGACAUAUCACAUUUCGGUAUUUUAAACGUGAUUCUGGUAUUUGAUGGUUCAAAAAUUUCCAAAUCUGUUAGUUCUUGAGGAGGCAGGCACAGAAACAGUUUCUCCUGUUCUAAGGGCAUACGGUCUUGUCUGUGCAACUCGCGGCACUAAGUUUCGUAGCAGGUCGGAAGAAGAGUAACUUCGCUUGAGAAAUGUUAUGCACGCAUCCUCCCUCCUCUGGAGCAGCAGAACUGAGCCUGAUUUCUUGAGCGCGUCCUCGUAGUUCCGAGAAGGAAAAAUAAUUUUUAGCGCCCUCUUUUGUUUUGAUUCAAUUUGAUCGCUUAAGUAUUGCGUGAGGUCAGCCCAAGCGGGACUCGCAUACUCUAACAAUAGACAAGAAUAAGCUGCCUAUCAGUUAGUAUGAUGAUGAUGAUAAUAAUAAUAAUAAUAAUAAUAAUAAUAAUAAUAAUAAUAAUAAUAAUAAUAAUAAUAAUAAUAAUAAUAAUAUUAUUAUUAAUAUUAAUAAUCGACUUUGUUGAGUUGAAAAGCAAUAAGAAUAGUAAAUCAUCGACUCGGAUGUGGCAUGUCCUUUUGAUACCCGAAUUACAGAAAGAGAACGAGAGAAGAUUGACCACUACCAGGACUUAAAAGUGGAAAUACAAAAAGCUGUGGAACUGCAAAAGCGUAUCUGUUGUUCUAGUUGUAAUUGGGGCACUUGGGGCGGUGACCGAAAACUUGAUGAUGUGGGUUACUAAGAUAGGAACACGUGCGAUCCUGAACUUACUCCAGAAAGCCUACUUGUUGGGAACAGCAAAGAUCUUAAGGAGGACUCUAGACACCUAAGGCUAUAGGAUAUAGCUUGACGGAGCUAGGGAUACGUGACCACCGAUACAAUAAGUGGUGUGAGAUAUGAACAUUAAUAAUAAUAAUGAUAAUGAUUACGAGCCUGAUUACCCUUAAUUAUACGACACGAAGUCCUAUUGUCAAUUGCGAGAAUCCCAGGACUGGAAUAUUUAUUAAAGUACAAAGUUCAAAUCACAUCAGCUUACAGCUUCGAAAGCAAAAACAUGGAUUACAACUUAUCGGGUUAUGGAGCUCAAACUGCAUGAACGUUUUAAAAUACUUAUUUAAUUUUAACCAAAUUGAAGGUGUCUAGAUACCAGAUUGUUUUAAUUGUUUUUUUAAGCUUAAGUUCAAUACAAUAUACAGUAACAGAGAGAGAGAAAAAGAAAAGAAGGGUAGCAUGGUACAAGAAAAGAUACAAUUCGUACAGAGGAUAUUACAAUUCUUCGUUUGCAACCACGUGACAAGGCGACCAUGUUGGGGGUCAAUACAAUAGAAUUUUUCUCGAAGAAUUUGUAUAGGUAAUAGCAUGAUUUGCAGUGAUGUUUGGCAUAAAUACCACGGGUGAUAUUUGGAAAUUGUUAUACGUAAUUUCACGAGGCGUCAGGCGAGUGAAAUUUGAGACAAUUUUGAAAUGUCGCGAAUGGUAUUAAUUGUUUAUACUACUACCCUUACAAGGUUUGUAAUUUUCACAUGUAGGUAUUUCAAAUUAAGCUGUAAUACCACUGCUCUAAGCCAAUCAAAUUGCAGAAAUUUCUCAUGUAGUAGUAUAAACAUGAAAAUACAGUUUAGUUCCCAGAGGAGAGAAAUGUUUUUCUUCUUGACCAACAUGGCCGCCCUGACUUCACGUGUAAACCAGCAAUACUAAUCUAACUUAAAAACUGAUAAAAAUCAACUGAACAUGCGAGAAGAUAUCUCAAUUGAAGGUUUAGUAAGCUUUUCACUUGCUUAAAAAGUAAAGCAAUAGUUUGUAAAGUAUACACGUGUUCCUAAAUGCCAAACUUGUUUCCAGUACCCUAGUAACCUCACGGUUAAUGCGCAUGUAUCGCGCAUAUACCGUAUACUUUGCACCGGUUUCUGACCGGCAGCAUGAAUGUGUUUAAUAUAUUUCCCAAAAAAUUAAAGAAUUUAUACACGACUUUUCAAGGUACCAAGCUUUAAAUGUCCACGUGUAGAAAUAAAGAUUGGUUGAUUGAUUGACUCAGGGGUAAGUCGAGAUUUUCUUUUGUGCACAUAGGAAAAAACAAGAACAACCGGCCAAAGCCAAAACCCAAGCUGCGCAACCCUCGAAGCCCAGGUCGUCUACUGAAGAUCUUAGUAAAGCUAAAGGCAAGUCUACUGCUAAAGCGAAAUCCGCCAGUCAAGAAUCUUUAGAUAAGGCCAAGGCCAAGGCCACUUAUGUGCCGAAGUCCACCAGUCCAGCAGUUACUGUUGUUGCCAUACCGCAGCCUCCUAAGUCACCAUCCCCUGCUGCUCCAUCCAUGUCCUUAGCAGGCCUGAUCAGUGAUUCCAGCACAGGUGGUGGUUCAAAGUCCAUUUCGGAGAUGACUGGUCGCUCUGGAAAGAAGCCAUUAGACACGCAAUCGAAGCAAUCACCACAGUAAGUGUGUUUUUAAACCUGUAUCAAGCUGACACCUUCUUGAAACACGCAACUGCCCGGAUAAUAACCAAAAACAGGCUUGUGUGAAGGAAAGAAAGAAAACCUAGGGACCAUUGUCUCCGACUAAUAGGAAGAGUACGCUUAAUCCAGAUUUUACUGCAAUUUUUUUUCAUGUUGCUCGUGUACUCUUCGGUAAAUCACACAGAUUCGACCCUGGUUAUCAUGACUAAAUAAUUAUCUUUCUUAACUAAACAUGACCGCGCGUAUCCACAGGUUAAAAACAGGUAAAAUGGAACCAGUUUCAGUAUACAUACAGAUUAGAACUGGACCAGAAGGAAGAAUUCUGAAAAAAAAUAUUUUUGUUAGUCUUCCUUCUCUCUGGUGCCUUCAUGCUGUGGAUUCACUGUUUUCUGGAAACAACUUUUUUGUCUCUGUUUAACUUUUUUUUCAUCUCUUAGGAAGAAGAUGUACGUUGGAAGUGGCAAAGCCUACAAGUCUGUUUUGCUGUGUGCCCCCAAUGGACCAAACCCAGCUAAUGCAAACGGGCCAAAUGCACUGUUACUUUUGUAAGUAACUACAUACUAAGGACGCGUUUCUUUGAGGGAUUGUUUGCAUGUAAUCCAAACACGGUUUUUGCGUUCUAAAUCUAAAUGUCUGAUCUACAAAGGGCAGUACAGCCCAUCUUCAGCAGAUCUUCAGCGUUUCUUCACUUAAAAACAAAAAUGGAUUUUUAAUCGAAAGAAUCAUGAUUCAUUGUUUUUAUUGUUCGCCGUUUCAAUAACAGGGAAUAGGGAAAACAGUGGAUGAAUCGAUACUGCAAAUUAAUCUGAAUCCGGACCCUUGGGAUUUCUGAUUUCCAGCCGGGCGUCAGCACUUUUUGGUUGGCGGAUAUUCGAAAAAGGGUCUUCCGGCAAGCUGGUUUCCCAUGAUAAUAUUAGCGUGAAAAUAUGCUAUUAAAAGGCAUAUGGAUAAUGAUAAUGUUGAUAUGAUGAUGAUGACGAUUUUUCCAUUCCAAGAUUGCUCCCCACCUUCUCUACCUUGGGUGCCACAGGCUUUUCAUGCGCGGUUUCCGGUUUCGGUUAAGUAUUAAAAAGUGAGCCACGCGAAAAGUUUUUUCGAAAAGUUUUUUCUCGCGGCUUCGCCACUCGUGUCUGCGGCCGACGAAGCUCCUCAUCACACGCGAGAAAAAACCUCUGUUACCCAGGGUACACCUUCCCAUAAGUGGCCACUUUCCCACAGCUCUCCCUUCGUUGGCCGUUGUGUAGACUUAGGUACAAGUCGAGCUCAAAUGUUUUCACGAGCGCCAAGCGCGAGCGGUAGAUUUUUUGUUUUGUGCGGCAAAAGCGAGCGAGAGAGCGAGAGCUCGACUUGUUUCCCCUGCAAGAAAUCGUAUCAAGUGACGUCAUUUUGGCGCGAACUAUUUGCGUCCCUGUCGCGUGUGUCGUCGCGAGCUGUCAAAGUAUGUCAAAAGAAACAAAUAACGGAAACAAAAUUCCGGUAAGAGAAAGAAAAUAAAGUAAAUAAAAGGGAAUGUUCAAUACAAAAAAGGGUAAUGAAAAAAAGUGCCGUCUUGCCAUAUUUGUGAGUUCAGUCUCUAGACGUUUCGGGCCUGGCCCUUCAUCAUUGGAGUUCAAGUACGUAAGAAUCGUUGCAGGUUAGCAUGCGCCAUGAAAGAAAGCAUAAAAAAUAAAAACUUUGUAGUGCGGCCGCUCAAGACAAAACAAGUCGGUAAUGUAUUUUCGCUGCAUUGCUGCCAGGAAAAUCCGGCCUUGGUAAAGUACUAGUAACGGUUUGACUGCAAUUCUUUUUUUUUUCCUUCAGGCCUGAGUGGGUACAGCCUGAGGGACCUCAGCGCCAAAACCGCAAGGGCCCGCUACGAGGUAACAGGCAGGGACCAGCCAGGCGAACUUUGAAUUGCGGUACGUAAAAAACGUGUCGUUCAAUUGAUGUGAAAUUUAAUGUUUGUAUAGACUUUUUUCUGUCAUACUUAUGUAGCCUGUGUCGAUUAAAGAAUUUAACGGGCUGUCCAGACAGCUUGGUGCCCGGGAACCAAUGCUGCUACCGUCACAAAAUGAUGUUGUGUUCACACCUGGGGUACCCGCUAAGUAACUGUGUACAUAGUCUCUCGGGCACCGGCUAGCGUGGGUUCUUGUAAAAAGGGGGCGUUCACAUUAGUGCUCAGUGAGUACCGUACGCGGGAAUUGUACCUGGGCACCAAGCGCUUUCCAAAAGUCAGAACUGACCGGCCUGACCGUGGCCGGACCGGUCAUUUUGAAAAUGAAAUAGGCUUUUCCCAAGAGUUUUUGGUAAAAAACCAUCUCCUUCGUUCAUGCUUUUUAGGAUUUGAUCUGAUUGGAUAGUUUUUAUUAAAAGUGAAAUUCUCAUUACGACGGGAAGGUUCUGGCCGGUCAGUUCUGGCAAAUGGAGAGCACCUCUAAGUCUAAAAUGCAUUUGAACGUUGUGUUUUACAGGUCCCCAAGCAAGUAACCGUAAUGGGCCCAUUCCUAAUUUGGCCAACGGAUCAAUUUACGCCAGGACAGCAUUGGUGUCUUACGUGUAG